AUGGAGAUGAACAAUGCGCGAUAUGGUGGGGAGCGCAAGGGCUUCAGCAUGGCGAAUAUCCUCGGCGACCCGUUCUCGCUGGCGACGAUAAGCAUAGCACUUUGCGGCUGGUUAAUAGCCUUCAUCAGCUCCAUCAUCGCCGACAUCAGCCUCGAGUACCCGAAUUUCGCAUGGUGGACGCUGGUAUACAUGUUUGGUGUGAUUGUCGGCAUUAUAGUCACGGUGGCUACCAAUGCGAUCGCGACGUAUCACGUGGCUAUUGUGGGCUUUCUGGCGGCAGGGCUGGUCUUCACCACGUCCUCGGUGAACUCGCUCAUCUACUACCCGGAGGGCUCGAAGGAGGCGGCGGCGGCGGGAUUCAUUCUGCUGUCCAUGGUUUCCAUCGUCUGGAUUUUCUACUACGGCUCGCAACCACAAGCAUCCCACCGCCAGACCAUCGACUCUUUUGCACUCCACAAAGACCACGCGCCCAGCCGAAGAGCCAGCAGGCACAUGACGCAGCAAUCAUACCGACCAGAAACACAGCACUCCUCCGGCCAACCACCGCAGAUGUACAACUCGGCGCAACUAGCCGGCUUCGAGACUUCCUCACCAGUGACCGGAUACCCUGGUGGACGAGCCGGCGAGACGAAGCGCGAAAGCGCAUCUGCCUUCCCAGCACCAGCACAGACACAACCACAGCAGCCUGCCGCCCAGCCCAAUUCGACUGUGGCAGCAUCGCACCCCGACAGCUCCGUCUCCCAACCCGCAGAGUACCCCUACCGCGCGAAAGCCAUCUACAGCUACGAAGCGAACCCCGACGACGCGAACGAGAUUUCCUUCUCCAAGCAUGAGAUUCUCGAGGUCAGCGACGUGUCGGGUAGAUGGUGGCAGGCGAAGAAGGAGAAUGGGGAGACGGGGAUCGCGCCGUCGAACUACCUGAUCCUGCUAUGA